AUGAGCCACCAGCAGCACACAGCCAGAGCGGCGUAUGCGCCAUACACCAAGAGCAACGUAACAAUCAACCAGCCGCAAUUCAAUCCACAGCCACACCUCUUCUGGUUGUGCUCGUGCGGGUAUUGGUCGACGCACGCCUACCGAUUCUGCUGCAACGAAAAAUGCGGCUUCUCUCGUGAAGCUAUCCAGAAAGGCCACUCACGGUUCUAG